AUGCCGUAUCGAGCCCGUGAUAGCCUGCCCGUCAUUAAAAUCAGUAAUGGCUCUUCGACCUUCGUACUUUUAUCGAUAGAUGAUUUCAAUAGUUCAGGUGCCGGUCACGGGUCGCCAGCAGCGGUUUUUCCACGUUGGUUACUGUCAGCUUUGAUGCUUCCACAGUCCACACAGUACACUCCCGGAAUUCCCAGUUAUGACCGCAAGGGGACGCGGUCUCGAGGUUGUUGCCCGUCAUCGAUCGCCGCACCGCCGCCGCCGGUGUUACCGGUGCACGGGGUUAAAACAUCACCGCUGCAGACGCACGACAACACAGAGAUUUGUGUUUCAUUUGGACCAGCAGAUUCUAUACAUUUAAUAUGA